AUGCUCUUGCCAUUGAAUUUGUUACUGCUGUUGGCUCCAACUAUAAGUGCUGCUGCUCUUAAACCUCGUGAUACCGUUCCAAGAUCCCUGGUGGACGAAUCUUCUCCUUUUGUAGUUGAUCUACUAAGUGAAAAGUCCGACAAUUCGACCCAGAUUGUAAAAUUUGGUAACGACAAGUUCUCUUUGGAAAUGGGGCCCCAAUAUGGUACAAAAUUGCUGUGGAACCCGUACGGUUUGAACUCCGGUUUCGACAAUGAAACAGUUGACCUGGUCGGGUCUGCAGUGGGCUUGUAUGCUUCCUAUGAAGGGGCACUCCACGAUCUCAACUACACCUCCGUCACUAUAUCCGACGAGACUGAAAACAUGAUCGACUUGUCUUUCAAUGCCUACGAGGGUGAACAUCACAUGGUGUUAUUCCAGGGUCUUGACGGAUUCUAUUCAUAUUUUGUUAACAAGAAUCUCCCCACACUGGGCGAGUUUCGUACUCUUUUCCGCUUGAAUCCAGACGUUUAUCAGUCAGGCCACACCACUUUGAAGGACGGUCUGCUACCAACUUUUCCUGAUGAUUUCAAGGGUACGAAAACUUUUGAUGAGACUUGGUUAGCUCCAGAUAACUCCUCCUACAUAACAAAAUAUGAUUGGUCUUCUCGCACUCAUGAAGAAGAGGCUUUUGGUGUGUACGGAACUUACAAUGAAACCGGCAAAGAUUAUGGGUUCUGGUUGGUUUCCCCAGGUAGGGAUUUUUACGUGGGUGAUCAAACUAAGCAGGAACUUAUGGUCCACAGAGAGUCCAGUACGGGAGACGUUGUUUUGUUGAACAUGUUACAUGGUACCCAUUUUGAAGCAGACUUUGUUGAAGAUUUCCCCAAGGACAAGAUGUGGGGUCCUUACCUGUGGUACUUCAACAACGGUGACAAGGCGGAUCUCCUCCGUAGAGCAACGAAAGAACGUCACAACUGGCCUUAUCGUUGGUUAGAGGACAAGAAAUUUCAAAGUAGAGGAACUGUUAAGGGAAGACUGGUGCUUAGUAACGGCCAACCGGCCUCCAACGUUAACUUAUUCUUAGGUAAUGAGAACUACACAAUGGUCCAGGGUGCUGGAUACCAAUACUAUUCAUUCACUGAUGAUGCUGGCUACUUUGAGAUUCCACACGUUCGUACUGAAACAUCCUACCGUUUACAGGCCUUUGGAAGUUUCUGGUCACGCUACACUGCUGCUGAUAAGCAACUGGAAACAUUCCUCUAUGAAAAAAAGAUUAACGUGCACAAAGGUAAAACUAAUGAUCUUGGUACCAUCAAAUGGAGCGCCUCAGACGAAAAAUUCGAAGAGCUCUGGAGCAUUGGGGCUUUUGACCGCACCACUCUAGGAUUCCUAGAUGGUGGUCUUAAGUAUGAAAACAUGUUGAUUGAAUCAUGCCCCAGCGAUCUGACGUAUGUCAUUGGAGAAGACAAUGAAUCUGACUGGUGUUUUGGAAAGGGCAAAAAGGGUGUAUGGACUGUUCAAUUUGAAGUCGAUGCUGACGAUGUCAAGAGAGAUGCUCAAUUAUAUUUGUCAUUUGCUGGUUACACUGGAAACGCUACUUUUGUUGGCGGAAACUCUACCAGUUUGGCCGUCCAUGUAAACGAUGUCGUUCUGGGCCGUGACCGUUUCAACACGAACAUAACCAAUGACAAAUCCACUUACAGGUCUAGUUCAUAUGGAGGCAAUUGGUACCUUACUUCUUUGGAUGUCCCAAGUGGGGCUUUAACGUCUGGUACUAACAAUGUCUCGUUUGUCACUACAAACUCCGAGGUAAAUAAAGGAUUCUUGUGGGAUUCUCUCAAGUUUGUUUGGAAGUUGUAA